AUGAGACCCCCAGAAGGCAAGGCGGUACGAAGCGACCAACUGGUGAAUGGCCUGGCAUCACUCGGCAUCUAUGGAGUGCCGUUCCUCGCGGAAGGGAUCUGCCUUCCGUCGUCCUGUUCCGAUGCAGACGUUCAGAAUUCUCUGUCGGCCAACUUCGAAGGAACGAUUCAGGCGGGGAUAGUGGGUUGUCAGGACGAUAGCGUCCCACCUCUUACCACUUCGGGGAUCAUCUUCGUUGUGGUGCUGUCUCUGUGUGGCGUUUACUUCCUAAUCGGCACGAUCUGGGAUCUUAGGCUUCGACAUACCAAGAAGAAACCUGGUUCCACAUUAUUUCCUUCCGUUCAGACAUUCACGGACAGAUUACUCGUGGCGGGAUCCUUCUACAGCAACGGGGAGAAGCUUCUCUCGACCAAACAAGGCUCUGAUGUCAUCGGCAGCCUUCACGGAAUAAGGUUCGUGACAAUGACGUGGGUCCUCCUAGGGCACACAUACUCCAUACUGACUGCGGGUGCUCCUAUCAUCAAUCCGAUGGUGUUCGAUGAAAUGACGAAGGGUUUUUUUUUCAAUGCGAUAAUGAAUGCUACGCCGUCGGUGGACACGUUCUUCUUCAUGAGUGGACUCCUCGUCUCCUAUCUCCUCCUCAAGGAACUCCAAAGGAACAAAGGGAAAUUCAACAUCAUCAAGUUCUAUAUUCAUCGAUACAUCAGGCUCACGCCGAUCUACGCGAUGGUGCUUUGGUUCUCCGUCGAUCUCUUCCCAUACACGUUCUCGGGUCCUUUCCAAAAAAUCGUCUCGGACGCCUUUACCGACCCCUGCCGGGACCAAUGGUGGAGGAACCUCCUCUACGUCAACAACAUGGUCGAGGAGAACGAAGGCAUGUGCAUGGGACACGCGUGGUACAUGGCCAACGACUUCCAGAUGUACAUCAUCUCCCCGUUGAUCAUCCUCCCUCUCUUCUUCUUCCCAGCCGUUGGGAAACAUAAAAACGAAAAAUACAUCAGAAGCGAAAUUCUCCCCAAAGGCAUGGGGUUUGCUGGUCUCCUUCUCGCCGGGUCUAUCACAGUCCCAGCCGUCGUCCUCAUCGCUAACGAAAUCGGAGGGACAUACACUUACCAAGAUAGAAUCAAACCCGAUGACGAUGGAAUGUACUGGAAAUACUACGUGAAACCAUGGACACGAUUCGGACCGUACCUCAUCGGCCUCGUUCUUGGAUAUAUCUUGCAUCGAAUCAAGGGGAAAAUUAUCAAACUUUCGAAGGUUGUGGUGCUCACUGGCUGGUGCGCAGCGAUCGUGACUAACAUGGCAGUCAUCUAUGGUCUGGAAUACUAUAUGAAACCGUUGUCACCGGCGAUGCCGAGAGCGGCUCAGGUCAUCUACGUCGCGGUACAUAGGGUCGCCUGGUCCGUCGGGUUGGCGUGGGUCGUUUUUGCCUGCCACAUAGGGGCUGGAGGUCCAGUAAAUACUCUGCUCAGCUGGAAAGCCUUCGUACCUCUCGGCCGACUCACCUAUAGCGCAUACCUCGUCCACGUUCUGGUUGCGGCCUGGUACCAGUUCGGGAUAGAUUCUUCUGUCUACGUCGACCAUGAGACUCAGGUUCGGGAAGGAUUUCGUACAAUUCAAGUUUCUGGCGUGAUCGUAUUCUUGUCCACACUGAUCCUGACUCACUUCGUGGCUGUCAUCUUCUCAUUGACCUUUGAGAUACCUGUUCUGGGACUCGAGAAGCUCUUUUGUGGACUCAUCUUUGGAGAGGGACCCAAGCCAGGCCAUAACAAUUUCCCGGUAGCUCUUAGACCCCACAGCAUCAAGGAAGGGGAAAAAGGAAAAGAUUUUUCAAAGGGACAGCUAGAAGUGGUCGACCUAAAUCUUGCUUCUCCAGAGACUGGCAUUCUGAAAGGAGACAUAAUAGUGCACGAUGUCUCUUGGGAAAAGCCGAAGUACAGCGGCUUGGACAACCCUGCAUUCAUCCCCGACACGAAACAGAAACUCGGCCACGACGAAUUAUUGGACGGCCAAAGUCAGCACAAAUCUCUCUCAUCUUUCUCUCACUCCACCCCAAGAGACUCCUCAGAGGAAACCCGAGAGGCAAAUGGAGAAUCAACUUCCGAAGGAGAGCAUUCAGACCAAGGAAACAAGUCAUCCUCUCCUCACUCCAGCCCCAGAGGAUCCUCAGACGAGACCAUGGAAGUUAAUGACCAACGAACCUCCCAGUUGUCACAGGAUGAAGACGAAAUCAAGCCAGAGCCGGCAACGGAGAGGUUCUGAUGGGAGGUUGACCAAGCCAAAAAAAAAAUUGUAUUUCUCGAUAUAAUAAACAUACGUAUUAAAUC